AUGCCACCUCAAACAUUUGUCUCUGAAGGAAUACCAAUUUCAAGUAUUGUGGCCAACAGUUUAACCUCCUUAGAUUCUGUUUCAUCAGUCUCUUCUAACUCUUCGAAUGUUGGUAGCAUAGGAGGAUCAUCAAAUAUUCAUCAUCAUUUCAGAGAGGCAGAGGCACCUUUCUCUGCAAAUAGCUCCGAUUAUGAAAAAUUGGAACGAGUUGGAAAGGGAUCUUUUGGAGAAGUGUACAAAAUGAGGAAUAAGAAAACUGGACAAAUAGUUGCUGUAAAGUCAAUAGAUUUAGAAAAGGCAGAGGAUGAUAUUGAGGAUAUACAAAAAGAGAUUCAUAUUCUGUUGCAAUGUUCGUCAUCCUAUGUCGUUUCAGUCUAUGGUUCAAUUGUUCAGGAUACCAAAUUAUUAAUUGUGAUGGAGUAUCUGAGUGGAGGGUCAGUGUUGGAUCUUAUGAAACCAAAUGGAGGAAAAUUUGAUGAGAAAUAUAUAGCAAUAAUAUUGAGAGAAAUGUUGCUUGGUCUGGAAUAUUUACAUGCUAUUGGAUUGAUCCAUAGAGAUAUAAAGGCAGCAAAUGUUUUAUUGAGCGAGGACGGAAAUGUUAAAUUAGCGGAUUUAGGUGUGGCUGGACAACUAUCGAGUACAAUCAAUAAGAGACAUUCUUUUGUAGGAACACCAUUUUGGAUGGCUCCUGAGGUUAUUAAACAAUCAGGUUACACUGAAAAGGCUGAUAUUUGGUCUCUUGGUAUAACUGCUAUUGAAAUGGCAAAGGGAUCUCCUCCAUAUUAUGGAGAUGAUCCAAUGAGGAUAUUGUUUCUGAUUCCAAAGAAUGAGCCACCGACACUGGAGGGAAAAUUUUCAAAGACUUUCAAAGAGUUUGUUUCCCUAUGUUUGAAAAAGGAUCCUUCAGAAAGACAAUCAGCAAAGGAGUUACUGAAACAUAGAUUUAUAAAAUCAGCAAAAAAGAAUAGUAGUCUAAUAGAAUUGAUUGAAAAGAAGAGGGAGAUGAGAGACAAGUCCAAGGACUCUAAUAGUUCAACUGAUUCAUCAGACAGCUCAUUUGAUUCUUCUGAGGAGGGAGAAGGAGAAAAU